AUGACACUGCCCAGGAAAUCAACUUUGAGGAAGGGCUCCCUCCAUCAUAAAACUCUUUUACGACGUAGAAGUAAUAUUCUUGGAUCGGUUGAAUUGAUUCAGACCUUCAACGACGAUUUCGAAGUGACCCAAGUUGACCAGGUGGCGAUUAGAAUAGAGCGACUUGAUGAGCUCUGGGAAAAAUUUGAGGUUGUCCAAGAUGAAAUCGAAGUAAUUGAGGAUGAGGAACAAGAAUUCUCGGAAACUCGCCAACGAUUUCAAAAUCAUUACUUCGAACUGAAGGCAGCUCUAGUUAGGAAACUUCCCCAACGUGAUCCCACACCAACUGUUAGACAGCCCUCGUUUUUACCCCCUGCUCCUCAAACCAUGUCCGUUAAACUUCCUGAAUUGAAGAUACCGGAAUUCCGCGGUCAUCCGGAAGAGUGGAUAGAGUUCUACGAUUUGUUCAAAUCCGUAAUUCAUUGUAACACUCAACUCUCGAACGUUCGAAAACUCCAUUACUUGCGUGGUUCGCUCAAGGGUGAAGCUUCUCGCUUGAUUUCAUCCUUUUCGAUUACUGGAGACAACUACUUGAUAGCUUGGAAGACGGUAUGCGACCGAUAUGAGAACACGAAUUUUCUUAUCAAACAGCACAUGUCUGCCAUCUUGAAAAUCAAUUCCAUAAAGAAGGAGUCUUCAUCGGCAUUGGCUGAGUUAGCUGAUGAGUUCAAUCGUCAUGUCGGAAUUCUCAAUAAGCUCGAGGAAGGAAAUGCUCAUUGGAACUCCUUCCUAGUGGAACGUCUAAGUAGUCUGUUAGAUAAGAAAUCACUGAUGGCUUGGGAGAGUCAGUGUAAGGAGGAAGAAAAACCGAGAUAUGAAGAUCUCCUCGAUUUUAUGCAUAUGUAA